GAUUUCACGGGUGGGAUCUAGAAGGAUCGCAUAUUACAGGUACGUAUGAUAAUCAUAGAUAUGCAAAACGGUGAAGAAAUUUCUUCAAAUUUGGAGAUCUUCUCAUUUUUAGAAAUUCCCCUAUUACAUAUAUGUUCUUUCCGCGUAUUUCAUCUGACGAAGUCGCAACUCGGUUUACGAUAACGGUCUGUGUGAAACGAAAGUUAGGGUUACUGCAGGACUGGGAAUUUACGCAGUUUACUAAUACAUAAUCAUGGAUAGCUUUCUGAAUAUGUUUGGAAAUGAAGUGAAACAUAGCUACAGCGUGGCCAAAGCUCGUGUUGACAAACGAUUGGAUUUCUUGAGGAAGGUGUAUGGAAUUCUGUCGGUGCAGCUCCUCUUCACAUUCGCUACAGGGGCACUGUUUAAAUGGAGUACCACAAUCACCUACAUAGUACAGACCAACCAUUGGUUGGUGUUGGCCGGGGUAAUUGGAAGUCUGGGGCUGGCUGUGGCACUUCAUGCCUACAAAAAUGAAACCCCCACAAACUACAUGCUUUUGGCUGGAUUUACAGUUGUUGAAGCAUUCUUAGUGGGAACAGUUGUGACCUAUUACAAGGUGUCCAGUGUUCUGGAUGCCUUCCUGCUCACCAUGCUGGUCACCGUUUGCCUUACAUUGUACACAUUCCAAAGCAAGACAGACUUCAAUAAAUUCGGUGCAGGGAUGUUCUCCCUCUUUGGUGUUCUGAUGUCUGCCAUGCUUAUGCAGUUCUUCUUCCCAACAGCAGCAAUGAGCCGUUUAAUUUCUGUGGGCCUCGCCGUCUUGUACUGCAUGUAUAUCAUUUAUGACACCGGUUUGAUUAUGGAGAGACUUACUCCGGACGAAUACAUCAUUGCCCCUGCAAUUCUUUACAUGGAUAUGGUAGCUCUCUUCCUGCGCCUUCUCAAACUCCGUGGUGAGCGCGAAAAUCGAGACUGAAAUGGUGGCAAUGAAACUUUGAAAGAUAUUUUUCGAAAAAAAUAAACAUUUUUUUGAAUUGUUUUUGUUUUUUGUUUUUUUUCUUUUCAUCAUUUUUUUAAAUUUUAUUUAUUUAUUCAAUUUUUUGUUUAGACAACAUCAAAUCAAUGAUGUUGAUUGUAAAAACCGUAAACUAUGUUCUUUUUUUUUUUCUUCUGAUUACCACUUUUCUUAUGAAUUUGUGUUGUUUAUUGUGAGGUUAAAAGGGUUUUUUUUUUAUUUAUUGUUACUGGUAAAUGUUGCCUUCAUAGCUUCCCGUCCGAGUGUCACAGGAAUUCAUGAAUAGGUUAUGCAAACAUCUUUUGAAGUUCAACUUGUAAUAAUUGUCAUUCUAUAAUUUCCAUGUUUUCAGUCCUGAAUAUAAUUCCUUUUACUUUUUUUUUUUUUUUGAAAGAAAAAUCUUAAAAUUAAUGCGUAUAUGCAUAUAUAUUCAAGUUUUCCUGAAGAUGUGUCGUGGGCUUUGCUUAUGUAACAAUAUUUUCUUUCCUUUAUCGCUAUCAGUGUUGAAUGUAAACUUAUUUAUACAUGUAUAUGUCUACAAAUUUGAAAUAAAAGAGCAGAUGGUAUUGAGUAACUAUAUCCGGAUUUACAAUGUAACGAUUUUUGAAUAUCGUUGAGGGUUCACAGAGGUAUUUGCAGAAGUCAUUCUUCUAUUAAUUUUUGGAUUUUUCCCAAUGAAAGUUUAUAGUUUGAAACUUACACACAUAGCUUUUAAAUUUCUGUGACAACAUGAUCUUGUUCUUGAUUUCUUAAAAAAAAAAAAUGAACAUUACUUGUCAACUGAAUGGAAGUUUAAGAUUUCAAAAGUGCCUUUAUUUUAUAUUUUAAUUUUUGGUCACAAAUACUGUAUGCUGGAAUUCAGUCAGCACUCGGAGGAUAGGAUUUUGUUAUGUUACAAAAAUUUUAUAAAUUUGUGUUGACGUAAAAUAUGUGACAUUUAAAGAGAAAAUCAGCUGAGAAGUGUCACCUCCAUAUUUCCUGAAAGAGUUAAAUGUUAUGUGCACUAAAAAGGCUAUUUGUUACUUACAACUGUUCUUACAAUGUUUUGUGGUCACAUUGCAAAUUAAUUAAAUUAUUACCUUCAA